AUAGGAGAGAAGCAACCACCAACCAGGGAUUAGGUGCGUUUUGGCGCCAAUUAUUCGUACAUGAAUAGCAAACUACAAACACAAACCUCCCAAAAGUCUCUGUCUCUCUAACACGCUUUUAUCCUCUAUGUCCUUUUCUUACAAUUACUCCAUUAUUUAUUAUGGGAAGAAUUUUCGGGUCGUCUUUCUUCUAUAUUUCUACUUUGGGGGUUCAUACAGGAUUUUAAUAUUUUUUUUCUUCAAGUCCUACAAUUUCCGGCGACCCAUUUGAGGUAUUAGAAGACGAACUCGGAUGGUCAAAAGUUGCAUUUAUAGGUUUGGAUUCAUGGGGAUUUGUUUUAGUAUGGAAGAAGAAGAGCAUCUGCAACAAAAACUACGUCAGAAGCAGCAACAACAAGGGAAGCAACGAUUAUCAGGACAUAAAUCUCACCAAAUUCUGGGUAAGCCAACUAAACCGGAGUCCUUUCAGGAAAAAAGUCCAAUCAGAACUCCAUUGGUUCCCAAGAAUGUCACAGAUCUCCGCCAAAACCCUGGGUAUAGUAAUGUUGAUAACUUUACAUAUGAGGAGAUGAUGUUAGCCACAAAGCGUUUCCGGCCAGACUAUAUUCUUUGUGAGGGUGGGUUUGGAUUUGUUUAUAAGGGUAUUAUUAAUGAGACCGUGAGGCCUGGCUACAAGACGAUAAAGGUUGCAGUCAAGGUGCUUGAUCCUGCAGGAUUUCAAGGUGACAGAGAAUGGCUGGCAGAGGUAAACUAUUUAGGGCAGCUUAGUCAUCCAAAUCUUGUGAAGCUCAUUGGGUACUGCUGUGAUGAUGACCACAGGCUGUUGGUCUAUGAAUAUAUGGCUGCUGGAAACCUAGAAAAACACCUUUUCUGCAGUAAUUUGAAUUUUAUGGUCGGAGUGUGA